AUGGCUCAUGUCCUCUCUAGCAGUUUGACAUCUAGAACAGACCAAGCCAUUCUCAUCCUAUUGGGAAAUGGAAUUGUAGGCUGCAAAAGCAAUAAAAUUGCCAUUGGUGGUGCCUUGCCAGGUAGGAGUGUCCAUGAAAGUCACAAAUCUAGGCCUGUAGAUUUGUCGAAUGAUGGCUGCAAGCUUGCAACAGAAUUUGGAGAAUGUCCAAACUUGAAUGGGUGUGCAAAAAAUCACAAUGAUUCAGUUGACGCUCAGGCUUAUGAAGUUAAUCUGGCUGAUGAUUUUGGAAUCAAAUUGAAAUCUUCUUAUGAGUUUAUAGGUACACAAGCAGAUGAGAGGGAUUAUCUCGAUUAUACUAAACAAGACCAUAAAAAUUAUCUUCAAAGCAAACGACAAAGGGACUUGCAAUAUGGAGAAGAAGUAUGGGCUAUAUUAUGGCAUUUCGAAAAUCUAUCCUUGGAAAAUCCCUCCUUUUACUAUGCAGUGCAAUUAGAUGCUGAAGAGCAAAUCAGUAAUAUGUUUUGGGCAGAUGCACAGAUGAUUAUUGAUUAUAGCCACUUUGGUGAUGUUCUAAGCUUUGAUAUGACCUACAGAACUGAUAAAGAAUACCAACCUGUUGGCACUAAAAUUUAUUUUCUCUAUCGAACAUACGUAACAAAAUAA